AUGACUACCACGGAGGAGAAAAAGGAUCCCGUCAGCGGCGAAACGCAAACCCACUCUCCUCCUGACACUGAGGUCGGAGACCUCAUCAAUGCAUCCGGUCAUGUCCAGGAAUUGGAUCGAAACUUUGGCCUUUUGGCCGCUGCCGGUGUCGGUCUCGUUGUUGGAAAUGUUUGGCCAGCUGUCGGCGGUUCUAUUUUGGUUGCGAUCUUCAAUGGCGGUCCCCCGGGAGUCAUCUACGAAUUCAUAACCGUCUCGGUAUUCUACUGGAUUGUCGCUGCAUCAAUCGCUGAACUGGCUUCGGCCAUCCCUUCUAGCGGAGGCGUGUAUCACUGGGCUUCUGUAACGCCCGGGAAAGCCUGGGGCCGAAUCGUUGGAUUUUAUGCUGGCUAUUGGAACUGGCUGGCAUGGGUUUUCGGAGCCGCGUCAAUGAGCUUCAUUUUCGCAAAUACCAUUGUCCAAAUGUAUGGAGUCACACAUGGCGAUUUCGAAGCUAAGCAGUGGCACGUCUUUGUCACCUACCUCAUUGCGACGUGGAUUGCCUGCGCGUGCGUUUGUCUCUUCAACAACGCCAUGCCUCACCUCAAUACCGUUGGAAUAUUCCUGAUCCUCUCAGGCUUCAUCAUCACAAUAAUUGUUCUGGCGGCGAUGCCAGAAACCGGUGGACGUCCUCCACAUGCCUCAUCCAGCUUUGUGUGGACAGAGUGGACAGCAGAUAUCGGAUAUCCCAAUGGAUUUGUCUUUGUGGCCGGGAUGUUGAACGGGGCUUACGCCGUUGGAACCCCGGAUACCGUAAGUCACAUCGCCGAGGAGAUCCCCAAUCCGGGCAAAAAGGUCCCCAUCGCAAUUGGCACCCAGAUGGGUAUCGGAUUUGUCACCGGCCUGUGUUAUAUCAUCGCCUUGAUGUACGCCAUCAGUGAUUAUGAUGCGUUGUUCGAAUCGCCGUUUCCGGUCGCCGAAAUCUACAGACAGGCCACAGGUUCGUCUGCGGGCGCAAUUGGUUUGUUGUGCCUGUUACUCUUCUGCGUAGCUGUAUGCAUGGUGGGGGUGUACAUCACCGCCGGCCGAACCUUGUGGGCUCUUGCUCGAGAUGGCGCCACUCCAUUUCCCAAAUACAUUAGCAAGGUCUCCCCGGGACUGGGAAUGCCACUGAUUGCAACGCUAGUCUGUGGCUGCGUCGUGACCGUACUGGGCUGCAUUUAUGUGGGCAGUACGACGGCCUUUAAUGCAUUUGUGGGGAGCUUUGUUCUAAUGAGCACGUCAUCCUAUGUUGCGGCCAUCCUCCCUCACCUUCUGACAGGGCGCAAAAACAUUACCUUUGGGCCUUUCCAGUUGAAGAAGUUGGGAGUUCCGCUCAAUUUCAUCGCUUGUGGAUACAUGAUGGUGUGGUUCGUCAUUUACUGCUUCCCAUAUUAUCUGCCAACAGAUGCCCAAACCAUGAACUAUGCAUGCUUGAUUUGGGGCGGAUUGACAAUUUUUGUAACGGUUUGGUGGUUUGUUGGCGCCCGCAAGGGGUAUGUGGGGCCAACGACGACCGGAGGCAUCAAUGCGCAAAUUGAGCAAGUGAGACGGGCCAGCGUAGAGAAGCGAGCAUCGGUGUAA